AUGGAGUCUUAUUCUAGUUCAUAUUUUUCAUCUAAUAAAUCUUCAUACAUGUCCCAAAACUCCAAGAAAGUUAAUGGAUCAAUGAAAUAUGAUCAAUACCCUUUUCAAUCCAAAUACUCUUGGCUUCACUCAGUAAGAAAAUCACCACUAAAGAAAUCGAAGAAAGCGCCGAUAGCACCGAUGCCACCAACACCUGUCAAAAUAUACAAAGUGGAUCCUAUAAACUUCAAAGAACUUGUUCAAUCCCUCACUUGUGCACCUGAGUUCACGACUCCACAGCCUGAUCAUCACAACCUUCAAAGCACAGACCAUAACAUUUCCCGUGACACUGUUCCUUCACUCCCAAUACAUUUUUUUUCAAACAGCAGAGUUGAAACUGUGGAAGUGUCCCCUCCAUUGGUACCAGUGAGUACUCCUAACAACUGGUAUCACUAUUUUCAAGCUGAAUAUCUUGAAAAGAAGUGUAAGGAUGAUCGGGUAAUGACUCCUGGUUUGAUGGAAAUUAAUCUGCUGUCACCAACAUCUUUUGGUAAUUGGUGUUUUGUUCCUCCUAUCAUGAGCCCAACAGUUUGA